CCUGCAUUUACAUAUAUAUACACGAGAAUCCUGUACCCAAUUGCAUAUACACACUCACGUUUAAAAGUUUUAUUUGAGGCCAACCACCUGUGUGAUCAGAUUACCCGUCUAAGAAAAAUCAAGAAAAGUUCUUCGUUCUCUCACUCUCUUACAUCUUCUGAUUAUGUCUAGUCCGAAGAUCGUCAACGGUCCCGGUGGUUAUACACUACAAGACGUUCCCCAUCUCAUCGAUUAUCUUCCUGACCUUCCGACUUAUCAGAAUCCAUUAAAAGACAAUCCAGCUUACUCAGUGGUUAAGCAAUACUUUGUUGAUACAGAAGAUACUGUACCUGAGAAGAUUAUAGUCCACAAGGAUGGUCCAAGAGGAAUCCAUUUCAGACGCGCGGGUCCACGCCAAAAGGUUUACUUUGAGUCCGAUGAAGUCCAUGCAUGUAUUGUUACAUGUGGAGGUCUCUGUCCUGGCCUCAAUACCGUGAUUAGAGAAAUCGUGAGCAGCUUAUCUCACAUGUACGGAGUAAAAAGAAUCCUUGGAAUCGAUGGUGGAUACAGAGGUUUCUAUGCAAAGAACACUAUCCCCUUAACCUCUAAAGUCGUGAACGAUAUCCACAAACGAGGAGGAACAAUCUUGGGAACCUCACGAGGUGGGCAUGAUACCAAAAAGAUUGUUGAUAGCAUCCAAGAGCGGGGUAUCAACCAGGUUUACAUCAUCGGUGGAGACGGAACACAGAGAGGAGCUUCAAAAAUAUUUGAGGAGAUCAGAAAGCGUGGACUUAAAGUUGCUGUGGUUGGAAUACCGAAGACGAUCGAUAACGAUAUACCAGUAAUUGAUAGAUCUUUUGGGUUUGACACUGCUGUGGAGGAGGCUCAACGAGCGAUCAACGCAGCACACGUUGAAGCUGAGAGUAAUGAGAAUGGUAUCGGUUUUGUAAAGCUUAUGGGUCGUCACAGUGGAUUCAUAGCGAUGUAUGCUACAUUAGCAAGCAGAGAUGUUGAUUGCUGCUUGAUUCCAGAGUCACCAUUUUACCUUGAAGGAGAAGGUGGACUCUUUGAGUACAUAGAGAAACGGCUCAAGGAGCAUGGUCACAUGGUGAUUGUUCUUGCUGAAGGAGCAGGUCAAGAAAUGAUGACGAAAAGCAUGGAGACUAAUACUCUUGAGGACGCGUCUGGUAACAAGGUUCUUAAAGAUGUCGGCUUGUGGCUAUCACAAAGCAUCAAGGAUCAUUUCAAGAAGAUCAAGAUGGUGAUGAAUCUCAAAUAUAUUGAUCCUACAUACAUGAUCAGGGCGAUUCCAAGCAAUGCGGCAGACAAUGUAUACUGUACGCUUCUAGCUCAGAGCGCGGUUCAUGGUGCAAUGGCUGGUUACACCGGCUACACCAGUGGUCUUGUCCAUGGAAGACAAACAUACAUCCCUUUCUACAGGAUAACAGAGAAACAGAACAGUGUGGUGAUUACGGAUAGAAUGUGGGCAAGGCUGUUGUCUUCUACUAAUCAGCCAAGUUUCUUGGGUCCUAAGCAUGUAUCUGAGGAGAAUAAGGAGACGCCGCCUGACGGUGAAAACUGUAACGGAGUUGUGGAUAUUCCUCAAGUGACUAAAGAGUAAAGAGAUCACCAAGUGAACGUUAAAAACAACUUUUGUUUGGGAACUUUCAGUUUCAGGAAUCAUAUAUAUUCAGGGGUUUCUGAAAAUUAUGCCGUUUUCGUGUGGAAGUGGAAUAAUUGUAAGAAUUUGUGAAACACAUCUUAGAUUGUUGUAGAUGUGUUGUUUUGUAACAUUUUGCAACUUUUUGCACCUUCCAAAUAUCAUAUCAUAUGAUUAUGAUUUAUGAAUAAU